AUGAUACCAGAAGCUCUUAGGAAGCAGGCUCUAAUAGCUUACAAACAUGGGUUGAGAGCGACACGAGUGGCCUUUGAUGGGGAUAACCGGGUGUUGCUUGCUGCUAGGGCAGAGAUGAGGAAAGGCAUGGAGAAUCCUGAUAGUUCCAAGACUACACAGGAGCAGAUACAGCAUUUAGAAGAAGUGGCUACAUUUCUAAAGAGAAAUCUAGUUCAGGGCCAAAAAAUUGAAGGAGAGGAAAAAUAUCAUUUGAAAAUCCAUAAGGAUAUAGAGUUAGGAGACAACGAAUCCAUUAAACAGCCAACAAAGUUUAAAGCAAGGCCAUUUAAGAAGUGUAGUGACAACUGA